AACCCCAUCCCAUUAAACUGCCACACCAAAUACACUCCCAAAUUUAAUAUUAUAUUUCCCCCAUUUCUCUCACUAAAAUCCAGUUCUCACUCCCUUCUUUUAUCACUUUGAAUCUGACUUCUUCCUCUUCCUCCUCCUCCUUACCACUCCCCCGCCACCCUUCUCUCCCCUUCUUCCCCACCACCACAGGCGCCACCGCAACUACCCCCACCACCGCCGAAAACCCACCUCAAAAAUGGGCAAGGGUGGCUCCCUGAGCGAGAGCGUGAUAAAAAAGAUCCUCCUCUCCUACACCUAUGUCGCCAUCUGGAUCUUCCUCUCCUUCAGCGUCAUCGUCUACAACAAAUACAUCCUCGACAGGAAGAUGUACAACUGGCCCUUCCCCAUCUCCCUCACCAUGAUCCACAUGUCCUUCUGCGCCUCCCUCGCCUUUCUCCUCGUCCGAGUCUUCCGCCUCGUCGAGCCCGUCACCAUGUCCCGCGACCUCUACCUCUCCUCCGUCGUCCCCAUCGGUGCCCUCUACUCCCUCUCCCUCUGGCUUUCCAACUCCGCCUACAUUUACCUCUCCGUCUCCUUCAUCCAGAUGCUCAAGGCCCUCAUGCCCGUCGCUGUCUACUCCAUCGGCGUCUCCUUCAAAAAAGAGUCCUUCAAGACCGACACCAUGGUCAACAUGAUCUCCAUCUCCAUCGGCGUCGCCAUCGCCGCCUACGGCGAGGCCCGAUUCGACACCUGGGGCGUCAUCCUCCAGCUCGGCGCCGUCGCAUUCGAGGCCACCCGCCUUGUCUUGAUCCAGAUCCUCCUCACAUCCAAAGGCAUUACCCUUAACCCCAUCACAUCUCUCUACUACGUCGCGCCUUGCUGCUUGGCUUUCCUCUUCGUCCCCUGGAUCUUCGUCGAGUACCCGGUUCUGCGCGAUUCGUCGAGCUUCCAUUUCGAUUUCUUGAUUUUUGGGACCAAUUCUAUCUGCGCAUUUGCUCUGAAUCUCGCCGUGUUCUUGCUCGUCGGAAAGACCUCGGCGCUGACGAUGAAUGUGGCCGGAGUGGUUAAAGACUGGCUCCUGAUCGCCUUUUCGUGGUCCGUGAUCAAGGACACCGUGACCCCGAUCAAUCUGUUCGGCUACGGCCUGGCGUUUUUGGGCGUUGCCUACUACAACCACUCCAAAUUGCAGGCUCUGAAGGCCAAGGAGGCGCAGAAGAAGACGGCGCAGCACGACGAGGAGGCCAGCAGGCUCAUGGAGGAGAGGGAAGGGGAAGGAAUUGGGAAGAGGAACGAAUCCCAUAAUUGAUUCUUUCCCAAGUGCUCGGAUUUGAUCCAGAGACGCAUCUGAUUUGAGCUAGAUUACGGUAAUAAGAACAAAAUGGGAAUGUAGGUGGUGGAAGAGCUUAAAAUGGUUUCGAUUCGGAGGGCAGAGGAAAUUCGGUUUCCUUCUCCUUCUUGAAGAUGAAGAAAGAAUUCGGGUUUUCGGUACGUUGUUCUAGAUUUCGGGUUUCUUCUGAUUAGCAAUAUUUAGUAAUGUUUAAGGGGUUUGAGAUUCUGCAACUGUUGCUUAUGCUGCCAAAUCAUGUAUGUUAGUAGACUAAGAAUCUCAGAUGCCUUGUUUUUUAUUAUUUAGCUUUAAUGCUUAUUUUUUUUCAUAUUCA